CGCAUCACUUGAUUUCGUAUCGAUUUUUUUCGGCUUACACACUUGAAGCUUAUUAGAAUUUCGCAAAUUUAAGAAAAUACCCAAACAUGCCUAAGCGAGAAGGUGAAGCAGAAACUAUAGAAAGUCAGGAGUCAAAGAAACAAACUGUCGAAUUUAAGAAGCCAAUAGAUAUGAUGGAUUGGAUCGAAACUUCGAAGGACUCGUUCAAACCUCCAGUGUGCAACAAACUUAUGUAUGGUGCUGGACAGUUGAAGGUCAUGUUUGUCGGAGGACCUAAUGUCAGGAAGGAUUACCAUAUUGAGGAAGGAGAAGAGCUAUUCUAUCAAGUCAAAGGUGACAUGGUUUUAAAAGUGCUUGAAAAAGGAGUUCCAAAGGAUAUACCUAUCAAAGAGGGCGAGAUGUUCUUAUUACCAAGUAGAAUCCAUCACUCCCCUCAACGUUUUGAAAAUACUAUAGGCUUGGUAAUCGAGAGAGAAAGACUGAAAGAUGAGUUUGAUGGUCUUAGGUAUUUUUGUGAGGAUGGAGUCACUGUUUUGUGGGAAAAGUGGUUUCACUGUGUGGACCUAGGUACUCAGUUAGGACCAGUCAUUAAAGAAUACUUUGCAUCAGAACCUCACAAGACUGGAGUGCCAGAUCCAGACAAUAUUUGGAAAAAGCCUCCACUUGAAGUUGACACAGAAACUGAAUUGAAGGCGCCGUUUUCUUUAAAGGAGUGGCUGAAAAAUAACAAGAAGGAAAAUGGUAAGAAGGCCAUCUCAACAGAAGGCGAGUUGAAGAUACAUGUACAUGAAGAAGGUGAAGAGAAAGCAUAUUCUGAAGGUGAAACAUGGUUUUGGCAAAUGGAAGGCGAGGCAUCUUUGACUGUUGGUGAGGCGACCAGACAGCUAAAGAAAAAUGAUGUAGCUUUGAUUCCUGCUGGCUCAAAUUAUAAGAUCAAGAUCAAUGCUGAAUCUGUUGGUUUGAGUGUUAUUAUGGAUCCUCUUGCCAACAAAGAUUGAACAAAAGCAUCCAUGGAAGCACUAUAAAAUCAUUUGUAAUACAAAAACUAAUGUACGUCUAAAGGUAAUCUUUUUUAGGAACAGUUAGCAUACAAUGCAAAAAUAGAACUCUUUUCAUUAAAGUCAUACAAAUGAAUAGUUGGUUUAUAAGUAUUAAAUUGCAAUUGAAAAUGCUCGUACCGAUGUAUUUUCAUUUUUUGGGACAUUUUGAUAAGAAAAGGUACAAGAGUUAUAUUGUAAUAUGAACAAAUCAGGAAAAUCAUCUUUUUUGUAAUCAACCUUGGCUUUGAAUACAAUGACAAUUAGUAAAAUCUUUGUUUUAUCCUUAA